GUUUGUUCCAGCGGGUGUGCCGAUUGGCGGCGGCGAGCCGUCGAUCUUAAUCCCGGCUUCGCUAUUGGGUGAGAGCGGGGUGGUUAGACCCGCCCUCCGCGGUUAGGGUUUCAGUCAGAGAAAGAAGAGAAAAUAAAACAUUAGGCCCCAAACAAACAAAAAAGCGUUUAAAUAUCGAAAUAAUAUUACAUUUUUAUUUCUAUUUUUAUUUAAACGCUUGUUUUUUAUCCUGCUGUAAACACGACCAUGCCGAGAGGAGGAAAGAAGUGUUACAAGGGGAGGGGGAAGCAGUUCACCAACCCAGAGGAGAUCGACCGGCAGAUGAGAGCGCAGAGAGAGAAGGAGGAGAACGGUGGCGUCGAGGUGGAGAGUAAAUCGAGCUCUGAGGAGGAGAGCAGCGACGAGGAAGACUACGAUAAGAAGAAGAAAGGGGUGGAGGGGCUGAUCGAGAUCGAAAACCCCAACAGGAUCUCCCAGAAGAACAAGAAAGUGACCGAGGUGGACCUGAACGAACCCAAAGAGCUGUCCCGCAGAGAGAGGGAGGAGAUUGAGAAGCAGCAGGCGAAGGAGAGGUACAUGAAGCUGCACCUGGAAGGGAAGACGGAUCAGGCGAGGGCCGACCUGGCCAGACUCGCACUCAUCAAGAAACAGCGCGAGGAAGCGGCGCGCAAGAGAGACGACCAGAGGAAGGCGAAAGAAGAAUCCACGACGAAAUCCAAGCGCUAGCCUCGUCUCUGACUGCUCCAGGGUUCGAGAAUUCAUCCAGACACACACAGACAGUGGCAAGAGGAGCAGCGAAACCAGGGAGGGGGGUCCGAAUCGGGAACACUGCAACAAGUUGCCUUCUGUCUACUAAUUAAACAUGAAUCGAAAAAGAGAAACAAAACAGACAAACCCCCUUCUUAUAUCAUCACCUCGGGUGCAGAACAUACAUAAAUAAAUUCUGAUAAACUCCCAUUUCCUACGAUGCCAAACACACACCAUUGUAACAACCCACCUCCCUCCCUCCCUCCUUCAUUCUCUUUAAAUCCCACCCCAAAAUUUCCCUUACCCCCCCCCCUCCUUUCCAAAUUAAAUUGGUAGCAAAUCUGUUCUCGAUCACGCUGAGCCCUUUCUGCAGCUCGCGUGCGCGAGAUUUGCAAUCGCUUUCCACGCCAGCCUCUCUGAUAUUGUCGCAGAGCUUGCUUGUUUACGAGAUAUGGUAAGCGUGUUAUUUCUGGCUAUUUUUAUUUUAUUUUUAUUUUUUAUUUUUUGCCAGUUGGAGGAGAACGUGCACAAGUGUGCCGGAGAAGGCAGAGACGGACUUUGAGUCUCUGUGUGGCCCUGAAACUCGAGAGAGAACAUCCCUGUCAAAC